AUGACGGACAAAUUUGAUUUAAAUGGCGAGGAGUAUUAUGGUAUUUAUGAUGACAAGUCCAAAAGAAAAGGUGGAGAAGACUCAUCUAAAAGAGAGUCUGAGACUGCUGGUGACACCGAAGAAAACAUAACAAGCCAAAGAGCAAGCGAAUAUGUCAAAGAAUUGUUAGCGGAAAAGCUAUCGAUUGAUCAGCAUAAACUACCUAAUGCCACUAGGUUAAUAGAACAAGAGGUCAUCAAGACUCAAUCGAUAGGUCGAGCUCCCGUGAGAGACUUUAAGUAUGUUGAUAUUUACAGGGAAAAACCGAUCAAAGUUACUGUUAAGGUAUUAGUACCUGUUCGGGAAUACCCUAAGUUUAAUUUUGUUGGAAAACUUUUGGGACCAAAAGGAAAUUCAAUGAAACGGCUCCAGGAAGAAACCAUGUGUAAAAUGGCCGUUUUAGGAAGAGGAUCAAUGAAAGAUAGAGCUAGAGAGGAUGAGUUACGAAAUUCUCUUGAUCCCAAAUACAGCCAUUUGAUGGACGAUCUUCAUGUAGAAAUCUCAGCUCUUGGUCCUCCAGCCGAGGCUCAUGCAAGGCUAGCUUUUGCCCUGGCAGAGGUCAGAAAAUAUCUGAUACCGGAUAGCAACGAUAUUAUUCGACAAGAGCAAAUUGCGAGAGUUGGAAUUAUUUUCUGAUAGGGAAAUGAUAACCGAGUCAAGAAGACCUCUUCCACCUCCUCACGUAAGACCAUCUAAUCCGUUAUCCCGAGGACCACCUCCACCUCAUGUAAUGCGUACAGCAACCAGAGCUCCAGUUCACACGCCGCGACUGAUGCCCGCCAAGACUAAAAUCAUGUCUAUACUAGAUAGAGCUCGUGUAGCCAUGGAGGAAAGUUAUGGAUAUGAAGAUGAUUAUGGAGCUACGUCACCUCCUCGUUAUGGUAACAUGUAUUCUCCAAAAGUUAGUGAUUACACGUCCGGGUACUAUGAAGACUAUGAAACUGACUACUAUCAAGGCAAUGGUUCUCCAAGUUAUGAACCUACAUCUCGUUCUUGGAAGCAUAAGCCAUCGAGUUCUUCAUAUUCUAGAAUGUCACCAGAUCCACCAUCAUCAUCAAGAGGUGGGGAGCUGUCUCGUUAUAAAGCUUCUCCCUACUCCAGACCUUUAAAAUAA